AAAUGGUCGCAAUCAUUUUAUGGCCCAGCGGAGCGUUUUCCCCAUUCGGUAUGAGCUGACUUUUGACAUAGUGAGAAAAAAAGAGAUACCCCAUCAUUUGUUAUCGGAAAUUUUUCAAAUUGCCUGUAUUGUAAGUUUCAAUGAUUCAUAAUGCCUUCAAUUGACAUAUGUCCUCUAUGUAAGGAAAAGCCAUUAGAAGAUUCAUCAAAAAUAUCAGAUAUAUCAUGGCUACAGUGUGAUAUUUGUGGACAAUGGUUUCAUACUUUUUGUUUAAAAUUACCCCAAAUUGAGAUAAAUAAUUUGCAUUCUUAUCAUUGUACGAAAUGUAGUAAAUUACAUGGACCAUCCCUACAUAAACGGAAGUCCAAAAGAAGUCGUAUAACUGUUGAUUAUGCGGCAUUAAAUGAUGGAGAUACUUUCUUACUUGAUAAAACAUUUCAUCCUCAUGUUUCAUCAUUCUUAGAUUUCCCAGUAAAUGCAAAUGAAUAUAAAAAACAAAAUCCUUUUAUAGAUGUUAUGGAUGAUUUAACUAAAGAAUAUGCAUUGUCUUCUCAAUUAUCAAAACCUAUUUAUAUACCUAAUGUGGAUAUUGAAAAAGUAGGCAUGAAGUUCCCCAUAUCAAAGGAAAAAAUAUCUAUCAAUUAUAUUGCCGAUAAAGUAGGGGAUGAAGAAUCAGUAGAAGUAAUGGAUGUGCUAUCUCAGCAAGGUGUUCAUCCAGGUUGGAAUGUUGGUAAAUGGAGAGAUUAUUUCAAUACUGAUGAAGCCAGUAGAGAUAGAAUUAGAAAUGUAAUAUCAUUAGAAAUAUCCAAAGUAGAAGGAUUAGGUAAAGAAUUUUCAAGACCCAAAAUGGUUCGUGAACUUGACCUAGUAGAUAAAGUAUGGAACAAAGAUGAUGAGCAAGAAAGAUCUCAGGUUACCAAAUAUUGUUUAAUGUCGGUUAAAAAUUCAUUCACAGACUUUCAUAUUGACUUUGGCGGUACAUCCGUUUACUAUACCAUAUGUAAAGGAGCUAAGACAUUUUUGAUGUUCCCUCCAAAUGAUAAUAAUCUUGAUUUAUAUCAAACUUGGUGUCUUGAGCCCAAUCAGAACUUCUUAUGGUUUGUCGAUUACAGUAUGACAAAGAGAGGAAAGAGAAUUAAGCCACUGAAAGGUUUCAAAGUUACCUUGAAAGCAGGUGAUCUUUUUAUUAUCCCCAGUGGUUGGAUCCAUGCUGUAUUUACGCCAGAAGAUUCUAUAGUUAUAGGUGGGAACUUUUUAACUCUAAGAGAUAUGGUAACACAGCUAAGAAUUAGCAAUAUAGAGAAACAAACAAAGGUUCCUCCAAAAUUCAAGUUCCCAAUGUUUAAUAAGGUAUUAUGGUUAACCAGCUGGUAUUAUUUAAAUAACAAAGAAGGAUUUUUGCUGGAUUUACGACCAAUCAUCAAACAAGAGUAUGAAGACAAUUUAGAAUAUUCAGUAUUAAAAUCGUUGAUAGAGAAAUUGAAAUCUCACUAUGAGCUUAGUAAAACAAAUCAAAUCGCUAGAAGAAGUAUACCGACCACUCUAAUUGGAAAAGAUAUUAUAUCUUACUUUGAAAAGUUAGAUAAUUGGCUACGUGACUAUGAACAAUGAAAUUAUUAUUUAUUUAAUUAAUGUAUGUACAGUGUUUUUAAUCAUUGACCGGAAAUUUUCGUACCAGUGGUAAACCAAUUCUUCAUACCGAUUAAAAUAUAUUCAUACCACAAUUUUUAUUUUCAUAGCAAUUAGCAAAUAGAUUCAUAUCAAUUAGAUCACAGUUCAUCGUUAUUGAAUCU